CCCUCCAUUUUAAAGUUGAAUGAAUCUGAUCACCAUUCCAAAACACGCUUCAUUUUCUCUUUAAUAUUUCACAGCACACUUCUCUCUUUCCCGUGCUCAAUAUUUCUUCUUUGAUUUCCCCAACAAAAACAAGACAAUAUGGCAGCAGAGCUUCUUCUUACGUUUGCCGUCGAGGAGUCUUUGAGAAGGAUGAUUUCCAUAGCUGCUGAAGGGACCGGACUUGCUUGGGGAUUGAAUGGACGGCUGCAAAAGCUCGUAGAUUCUUUAACCAUGAUUCAAGCUGUGAUGCGAGAUGCAGCAACAAGGCCAGCGGCAGAAGAUGGUAUGAAGCGUUGGAUGGAUAAGCUUCAAGAUGCAGCUCAUGAUGCUGAAGAUUUUCUAGACGAGUUUGAUUAUGAACAGAAGGGAAAGGUAUGUGAUUUUGUUUCACUCCACAACCCUAUUGUAUUCCGUUGGAAAAUGGGUCAUAAAGUCAAGAGGAUCCAUGGAGCCUUAGAUGAAAUCCUGAAACUGGGCGGUGAUCUUGGAUUGGCAAAUCGCCCUGAAGUUAGGCGAGAUCCACCCCGGCAGACAGAUUCCUUCCUUGACAGCUCAGCUGACACCUCAGCAGUUGUAGUAGGAAGGGAGGAUGAUGUCUCUAAAGUUGUGGAAUGGCUGACUAGAAUGACCAAAUCCCAACAUGUCCUUUCGAUUGUUCCUAUAGUGGGGAUGGCUGGCCUCGGAAAGACUACUAUAGCAAAGAAUGUUUAUAAAGAAGUCAAGGAAAGAAAGCUUUUUGAUGAAACAAUAUGGGUUUGUGUUUCUAAUCAUUUUGAUGAAGUGAAGAUUUUACGAGAAAUGUUGCAAACGAUAGAUAAAACUACGGGGGCGUUGGAGAAUAUUGAUGCAAUUCUUCAAAACCUAAGGAAACAGCUGGAAAAUAAAACAUUUCUUCUCGUUCUCGAUGAUGUGUGGAAUCGUAAUCGUAAUAAAUGGAAUGGUUUGAAGGAUGGGUUGUUAAAAAUUAAAAGCAAAAAUGGGAAUGCUUUUGUUGUUACAACCCGCAUUAAGGAAGUAGCAAGCAUGAUGGAGACUUCUCCUGGGAUUCAGCUCGAGCCAGAAAAACUAUCAGAUGAUGAAUGUUGGUCCAUUAUCAAGCAAAAAGUGAGUGGGGGUGGAGGAGCACCAUUAGCUGCGGACUCGGAAUCUAUUGGAAAAGAGAUUGCAAAGAAAUGUGGGGGGCUUCCAUUGCUUGCUAAUGUUUUGGGAGGAACACUGCGGCAAAAGGAGACAAAGGAGUGGGAGUCAAUUCUAAGCAAUAGAUUUUGGCAUUCCACCGAUGGAAAUGAAGCUUUGGAUAUAUUGAGAUUCAGUUUUGAUCACUUGUCAUCUCCAUCACUGAAAAAAUGUUUUGCAUACUGUUCCAUUUUUCCUAAAGAUUUUGAAAUUGAAAGGGAAGAGCUAAUUCAACUUUGGAUGGGUGAAGGUUUUCUUGGGCCAUCAAAUCAGAGGAUGGAAGACAUGGGAAACAAGUAUUUCAAUGAGUUGCUUGCAAACUCCCUUUUUCAAGAUGUUGAAAGGAAUGAGUAUGGGAUGGUAACAAGUUGCAAGAUGCAUGCUCUUGCAUUACAGGUCUCAAAAGCAGAAACGUUAAAUCCAGAGCCGGGCUCGACUGUUGAUGGUGCAUCUCAUAUUCUUCAUCUCAAUCUCAUUUCUUGUGGGGAUGUUGAGUCAACAUUUCAAGCGGUUGAUGCUAUAAAGUUGCGUACUGUUUUCUCAAUGGUUGAUGUAUUGAAUCAGUCUAGGAAAUUCAAAAGCUUGAGAACUCUCAAAUUGCAACGGUCUAAUACCACAGAAUUACCAGAUUCAAUUUGCAAGCUGAGACAUUUGAGAUAUCUUGAUGUCUCACAUACCAAUAUCAAAGCAUUACCAUAAUCCAUCACCAAUCUCUACCUUUUGGAAACAUUAAGACUCACUGAUUGUUUCUGGCAACAAAAGCUUCCCAAGAAAAUGAGAAAUUUAGUUAGCUUGAGACACCUUCAUUUUAAUGAUAAAAACCUAGUGCCGGCUGAUGUGAGCUUCUUAACACGUCUACAAACGUUGCCAAUCUUUGUUGUGGGUCCAGAUCAUAAAAUUGAAGAGCUGAGAUGUUUGAAGGAGCUAAGAGGAGAAUUGGAGAUAUGGUGUCUUGAGCGAGUGAGAGACAGAGAAGAUGCGGAGAAGGCAAAACUGCGUGAAAAAAGAAUGAACAAAUUGGUGUUUAAAUGGAGUGAUGAAGGUAAUAGCAGUGUUAACAUCGAGGAUGUCCUUGGUGUCCUGCAGCCUCACCCAGACAUAAAAAGCUUAACAAUUGAGGGUUACUGGGGUGAAAAGUUCCCAUCAUGGAUGUCUAUGUUGCAGCUCAAUAAUUUGAUGGUGCUGAGAUUGAAAGAUUGCAGCAACUGCAGACAACUCCCAAUACUCGGAUGUUUUUCUCGCCUUGAGAUUCUAGAGAUGAGUGGAAUGCCUAAUGUGAAAUGUAUAGGCAAUGAGUUCUAUAGUAGUAGUGGCAGCACAGAAGUACUGUUUCCAGCACUAAAAGAACUCAGCCUGUUGGGUAUGGAUGGUCUUGAAGAAUGGAUGGUACCGUGUGGAGAAGGUGAUCAAGUAUUUCCUUGUCUUGAAAAGUUGAGCAUUGAGUGGUGUGGCAAGUUGAGAAGCAUUCCGAUAUGUGGUCUUUCAUCUCUUGUGGAAUUUGAAAUUGCAGGAUGUGAGGAACUGAGAUAUUUGUCUGGUGAAUUUCAUGGCUUCACGUCUCUUCAGUUGUUGAGCAUAGAGGGUUGUCCAAAGCUGACAUCAAUUCCAAGCAUACAACACUGCACAGCUCUGGUGAAAUUGGAUAUAGAUGGCUGCCUUGAGUUGAUCUCAAUUCCUGGUGAUUUUCAAGAAUUGAAAUAUUCUUUGAAGAUAUUGUCGAUGUAUAAUUUGAAAUUGGAAGCUCUUCCAAGUGGACUACAAUGUUGCGCAUCUCUAGAGGAAUUGUACAUAUGGGAUUGCAGGGAGCUUAUCCAUAUCAGUGAUUUACAAGAAUUGUCUUCGCUUCGAAGAUUAGAGAUUAGAGGUUGUGAUAAGAUCAGCAGUAUUGAACGGCAUGGUUUACGACAAUUACCUUCUCUUGUUUACUUAGAAAUCAGUGGGUGUCGGAGUUUGAGUCAUUUCCCAGACGAUGAUUGCUUAGGCGGCCUCACCCAACUGAAGGAAUUGGCCAUCGGUGGUUUCUCAGAGGAGCUGGAGGCUUUUCCUGCAGGAGUUUUAAACUCAUUCCAACACCUCAACUUGAGUGGAUCCCUUGAAAGACUGGAGAUAUGUGGAUGGGAUAAACUGAAGAGCAUACCGCAUCAACUCCAACACCUCACUGCCCUUGAGAGAUUGGAAAUAUGUGAUUUCAGGGGAGAGGGAUUUGAGGAAGCUUUGCCAGAUUGGUUGGCCAACCUUUCUUCUCUUCGAUAUCUUGGGAUUGAUAAUUGUAAGAAUCUUACGUAUCUGCUGAGCUCAACAGCCAUUCAACGCCUCUCCAAACUGAAGGGAUUGUGGAUUUUGGGGGGAUGUCCACAUCUCUCAGAAAAUUGUAGAAAGGAGAACGGCUCUGAGUGGCCCAAGAUUUCUCAUAUCCCAACAAUCGAUAUAGUAUAGAGGGUACAAGUAGCUUAGAGGCCUAGAUCUGCAAACAGGACUUUUCACACUAAGACAUAUGAAAGCUACUACCAGGAACUUCGAUGCGGAAAACAAAGUCGGCAAAGUCAGCAAGGGUGGUUUCAGUUCUGUUUACAAGUGAUGCUGCUUUCCUCAAAGUCUAAGCAAGGAAACCGUGAAUUUGUGAAUGAGAUAGGAAUGAUAUCUGCACUGCAACAUCCAAAUCUUGUAAAGUGGUGUUGAAGGAAACCAAUUGAUGCUUGGGUACGAGUACAUGCGGAACAAUUGCCUGUCCCGUGCUCUAUUUGGUGAGUUAAUUUCUUCCUUCCAUCAGAAGCAUUUUGGAAAAAAGGUAUUUUGUUUGGCUUUAAAAAAUUGAAUGUCUUUUAUCUUCUAUAAUUUACAGGGAAGGGUGUAAAGUUCUGAUUGAAACUGGACUGGCCUAUCAGGCAGAAAAAUUGCCUGGGAGUAGCUAGAGGUUUGGAUUACCUCCAUGAAGAGUCAAUAAUAAAAAUUGGGCAUGGGGAUAUCAAAACAAGCAAUGUGUUUCUUGAUAAGGAACUCAAUGCCAAAAUUUCUGAUUUUGGUUUGGCAAAGCUAAAUGAAGAUGGACAGUACCCACGUCGGCACUCGGAUUGCUGGAACCAUGUAAGUUCUUCAAUGAGAACAUUUAUAUGUUUUUUAAACCAGGGCUGAAGAUGACUAUAUUUUCAAGAAUGAAUCUUUGUAUGUGAUUUUGUGUCAACUGUCUUGCAGUCAUAUCUCCAUUCUCCAAUAGAUGCCCCCAAAAUGCAUAUCUUGUAAAAUGUACAUUUUCCAUGAUACUUGAAGUGUGGUUAUAUGGCUCCUGAGUAUGCAAUGCGUGGGUACUAAACUAACAAAGAAAAUGUUUGUAGCUUUGGAGUUGUUGCUUUGGAAAUUGUAAGUGGUAAGAUCAACAAAAACUACAGGCCAAAGGAUGAGUUUGUUUACCUUAUUGACCGAGCCUAUGUUUUGCAAGAGAGUGGAAGUCUUUCGGAGUUGGUAGAUCCAGAAUCGGGGUCAGAGCAUUCUUCAGAGGAGGCUAUGGUGAUGCUAAAUGUCGCUCUCUCAUGUACCAAAGCAAAUUCUUGUGAAUCUUGUUGCAGCUGAUAAGCCUAUAUGAUGUAGAACAGAGUUAAAGCUGCAAAGAGAAAGGGAGUGAAUGACUCUGGCAGUACCUGAUGGAACAUAAAAUGAUGCUUAUGCAAAGAGAAAUUGGACAUAUAGAUUUGUCAAGCAGAAUGUUUGGUGCAUCCAUUAUUGAUCAUGUAGAAAGCAUCAAAUCCUUAUUCGAAAAACAUGGCCAAAUCAAUUUUUUUUUUAAGCUUAAUUAUUGAGGACAGACACAAAUCCCGUUUCAUUUCAAUUGAUCAGUUGUAACGGAUUCGGCAUAAUUAUUGCUAAGAUAUUUCUUUUCUUUCCCAUCAA